AAUUUGGUAGUGGACACUAACAUUAAUCGCGCGUCAAUUUCGACGUGCUCAUCCACAGCGUUCAUCCUCACUCAUCUUUUCGGCACAACCACCAGGUUUCUUUCAAUGCGAAAAUGGAUAUCCCAGUCGCGGCCAAUAUUCUAGGCACCCUCGGAGCUGUCUGUUGGUCAAUCCAGCUGAUUCCUCAAAUCAUCGUUAAUUAUCGAAGACAUAAUGCAACGGGUCUUCAGCCAUCGAUGAUGAUGCUCUGGGCAUGGGCGGGUGUGCCGCUGGGCGUGUACAACAUCGUCAAAGAGUUCAACGUCGCCUUGCGGAUACAGCCUCAGAUCUUGACGCUUUUGAGUCUCGUUACUUGGAUCCAAUGCUACUACUACGAAAGAAAAUGGAGUGUGUACCGCUCUCUGCUCGUUGUCGUCCCAAUCGCAGCCGUGAUGGGCGGCAUCCAAGCAAGUCUCAUCAUCGCCCUCCGCAUCGCCAAAUCACGCUCGCUAGAAUGGCCUCUCAUCCUUAUGGCGUCUCUAUCCGCAGCUUUACUCGCAGCAGGUGUACUCACUCACUACUGGGACAUCUGGAAGCACCGAACAGUCCGUGGCAUAUCAUUUCUCUUUGUCGCCAUUGAUGCAGCAGGCGAUGUGUUCUCGCUCGUGUCCGUGUUCUUCCAGCCCGAGCUUGAUGUUCUCGGCAUUGUCAUCUACGCGACGGAGUUUGUUCUAUGGUGUGGUGUUUUCGCUUGUGGUGGGUAUUACAACUUGCUACCUUGGGUUAGAAAGAGGUUUGGGAGUGAGGGCAAGAGGGCUGGAGGGGAAGAGAGCGCAGGGGAUGGUGUUAUGAUAAAUGAGAAUGUUUCUUCAAGUUCAGUGUUUAGGACGGUGAGUGGGAAUGGAGAGGGUGUGAGGGCGAGGAAUGCACAUCGUGUAUCUCAAGAUGUUGAGUGAGCAUGGUCCGGAAACAAUCUCCCCCAACUGUCCAUUUGCCUGACAUAGAAGAAGGCCUCGAGAUACCUAGUUAGAAUAUUACAAUGAUUUCUAACAUUAUCGCCAUCAAGCGAAUCGCACUGACAGACUCA